CAGCGCCAGUGCUGUUGCAGGGAUCUCAGUCCCGCAGAGGUUGUGGCUGACAUAAUAUUUUUUGAGUAUAGGUAGUGUAGCACCCCGCUAUCUACUAUCAGGCCCAAGCUUUCAGUUUGCGGGAGCUCUCUGUGUGAUGCUCGCCCAGGAACAGCACCCACUGCCCGCCAGCGCCUGUGACGGAUUAACCAUUCGCCCUUUUCCCUGCCAUUGAUUGGACCGCGCGAGCCCCCCAGCGACGACGUCAAGUUCGAGAGGCUUGACAGCUUAUCCCACGUCAAUUCACAUCCUCCUAUACAAUUAGUCAACAUGGGUGGCGGUCCCAAGAUCCCGUAUCCCAAGCACGUCUGGUCGCCGGCCGGUGGUUGGUACGCCCAGCCUGCCAACUGGAAGGCCAACACGGCCAUUCUCGGUGUCUGCGUCUUUGGCAUCACUGCUAUGGUCUGGAACCUGAGCGCCGAGAGGGAGUUCCGUCACAAGAUGCCCGAGCCAGGACGUUUCUACCCAAGCAGAUACUGGAGCAAACAAAUCAUCGAACACGAGCGGGCGCAAAAGGAAAAGGCAGAGGCAGAGAAGAAGUCAUCAUAA